UUUUUUUUUUUUUUUAAUACAGUAAAGCCAAAAAAGAAAAAAAUAAAAUAAAAAUCAGUUUUCCCUUAUAUUAUGGCAGACGGAAAAGAUUUAGCUGAGGAUGAAUACAUUGUUGCCCGUAUCGCUGGUACAAAGAUCGAGUCGGGUCGCCGGUAUUAUUUAAUUGAAUGGGAAGGAUAUGACCUUAAAGAUAAUACAUGGGAAGACGAAAGUAACGUCUUUUCAACUGAAGCCAUUAAAGAAUUCAAGACAGCCAGUAAACGACAAUAUAAGGGCUCAAAAAACCCUCUUACCGCCAAAAAGGCCUUGUUGCAUAAUACUUUUGACCCCGAUACAGGCACCUACACUAAAAAAAUCUCAAAACCAACAAUUAUCAAAAAAGCAGAGACUCUCGUUGUCCAAACACAAAAGAGACAAAGAGAUUUGAUUGAAACUGAAACUGAAUCCGUCACUGUCUCUAAACCCGUUAAAGAAGCUCGCAUAGGCAUGGAGAACUUGUCCUUGGAAUCAAAAUCUAUUUUUGAUCAAAAAAUGGAUCUUGUUAGACAGUCUGUGCCGGUCAAAUAUCCUAUUGUUCGUAUGGCUAAUCAUCAACUUAUUAAUAAGCGUCCCGUCUACUAUGUAAAGAACCUCAAGAGUAAAGUCACACUCAUCAAUGAAGUAGAUGACGAGAUCCCCACAAACUUCAUUUACAUUGACCAACUCGUAUAUACCGAUCCCGUUCAACCACCCGAUCCAGACUUCUUACCAGGUUGCGAUUGCUCUCUUUCUUCUGAUUGCAGUUUAGCUUGUCAUGAUGUCAGUGCAUAUGAUUCCAACGGGCGCCUAAUUAUUCACCAAGGUACAGCUAUUUACGAGUGUAAUCAAGCCUGCGGAUGUUCUACCAAGUGUAAAAAUAGAGUCGUUCAAAUUGGAAGAAAGAUACCAUUACAAGUCUUUAAGACACCUGCAAAGGGAUGGGGUGUACGUAGCACUCAAUUUAUACCAAAGGGAACUUUUAUUGAAGAAUACAUUGGCGAGGUCAUUAAAGUGGAAGAAGGUGAUGCUCGUGGAGCAAUCUAUGAUAAAUUAGGCUGUAGUUACUUGUUCGAUAUGGAUUUCGCUCAAUCUGAGUUAGCCACCAAAUAUGUGAUUGAUUCUUAUAUUCUCGGUAACGUUAGUCGUUUCUUUAACCAUUCCUGUUCCCCCAAUUUGGAGGUCUAUGCUGUCUUUUAUGACAGUGCAGAUAACCAAAUGCAUCGUCUAGCUUUCUUUGCUAAGCGAGACAUUUAUAAGGACGAAGAACUUUGUUUCGAUUACAAUGGAAGAAGAGAUGUUUCAGUGGAAGAAGAAAGUGAAGAUGCAGCUCGUUACUCUUGUCAUUGUCAAGCAAAAGACUGUCGUAAAUGGAUUUAUCAUUAAAAAAACUUUACCAAUCUCUAUCCCCUUUCCUUUCUUCUCACAACAAAAAAAAAAAAAAGAAAAUACCCUCUCUUCAACAAAACUAGCACUCUUACAUAAUAGCAUCAAAUGGGGUUCACAAAUAAAAAUUAGUAUAAAUCACAUAUUAUAAAAAAAAACAUAACCUUUUUUUCCAUGUUUUCUCACCUACAUUUUACUUUCACGAGGAUUGCUUCGUUUGUCCGCAGCAAC